UGAGAAUAUCAAGGCAAGCCAAUCAGAGGCAGAGUAGGGCGGGUCGUGACUUCGCCAUCCUAGGAAAAAAUAUAUCGGCAACUGCGCGGGCGCGGUUGGGGUUAGGCUUGAGGUUAAGACUUAGAUAGAGGUUAAGGUUAAGGUUUGAUUAAAUGUUAAGGUUAGGGUUGGGGUUAGGUAAAGGGUAACGUUAGGGAUAGGGUUAAUAUUAAAUUUAGCGUACAAAUAUCGCGAGAGUUUCACACCCGGCAACCAUUCUUCUUCUUUGAAUAGGUUUAAACGUGCCAUUACCACCAUCUACUGGACUGAAGUGUGGACUAGUAGACAUUAGAGAACGGUAACUACACUUUCUAUGAUGAAGUUUCCUUUACAUAUUUUAUAUACUUUCCCAACAUAUAUUUAAUAAACACGUUCUUCUCAAGAGAUGUUUUUAAUGUAUUGUUAUUUUUUGUGUCCUUCUGUGAUGACACUCUGCUUCUCAUCAUAGUCUGGUUUAUUACAAAAUGUGUAUGCUCCAGUUGGGUGUUCACCGAUUUCAUGAGGUGUUUGACUGAGUGGGUCGAGAGAGAGGAAUAUGACGUGCAUCAAAAAUCCCCAGCUGGAAUUCACCUGGUAUCAAUGCAAUUACAGUACCAGUAGCCACAAUAUCUCUGUUGUUCACCUCAACCUACCUUGAAGCCAGCCAAUAAAAACUGUAAGUUUUCUGAUAAGUGUUGCUCUCUUUGUAACAGCUACAUUACAUUGAUGGAUAUAAACUACAGGAUAAUAAAGUUCUGCCACACCCCUCAUCAACCACUUUCACCUGACGCUUCCACCUGCCCAUCAUCUGCAUCAUCUGCAAGCCAGUAUAUAAGGCCCACUCCCUCUUUGUCAUCUUGCCUUUGCUACUAUGCGAAGUCAUCUUGCCUUCAUCACCGGACUGCCUUCCUGGUUCCUGAUCAGCUUGUCUUCGACCAUCGCUCCUCGUCUCUGCCCAGAGGUGUCCCGACUGGCCAGUGGUGCAGCAGUCGACAGGUAUGAGAGCGACAGGCAGCGGCACACGGCCGUUAUCAACUUUUUGGAUACGACCAAAGACAGAAGGACAGAAGAGGAGAGCAGAGGAGGUGUGGAUGUGACAACAGUGGAGUAUGAUCAGGAAGGCGAGGAGGAGUACGACGAUGAAUAUUACUAUUACGAAUAUGAGGAUGGCAUGUCUGGGGAUACUGAAAUGGAAAUGCCACGAGUUGCCAUGUCAAGCAAACCCCAAGACCCCUCCGCCAUCCUGGAGGCCGAAAGCACUGAUGGAAAGAGAAGGAGAGGAAAGGGAAGAAAAAGGGGGAAAGGCAAAGGAAAGAAGAGGAAUCCUUGCCUGAGGAAGUAUAAAGAUUUCUGCAUUCACGGCACCUGCCAGUACCUGAGGAACCUCCGUGUCCCUUCCUGUGUGUGCCACCCGAGCUACUCUGGGGAAAGGUGCGAGUUUUUCACGCUGCCUGUUGAGAGGCCUCAGGAGGGCUACAACCGGACUACAGCUCUGGCCGUGGUGGCCGUGGUGCUGUCGUCCAUCUGCCUCACAAUCAUAGGCCUCUUGCUAAUGCUCAGGUUUCACAAGCGGGGAGCGUAUGAUGUAGAGAGCGAGGAGAAGGUCAAACUAGGGUUAGCGUCCAACCACUGAGGAGACAAAGAAGGGCAAAGAUGCGGAAAUUCUACCUCAAAAUAGAAAAACAGAAGUGAAUGGAGGUCCUAGAGGAAAAAGGAACGUACAUGAAGAAGGGAACAGAGGGUGGUCCGCUUCCCCCUCUGCAGGAGGUUCAGAUGAAAAACGGGCAGCUCAGUGUGUUCCUGGGGGCCUUGGGAGAGGUAGACGGCCCCCCACCUGAAACCACCACCCCCCCGCGCAAGAAUGGACUGGAGAUGUGAUGAGCACGAAGGAACGAGGAGAAAGAAGAAUGAACAUGUCUAGAAUCUGUGCUGCUUCCUGACUGUGUGAAGAGAAGUUUCAAACUGAGCUGAACAAGAUUAAAAAAAAAAUAUAUAUAUAUAUAUAUAUAUCAUCAAUAAUGAGAGCUCAACCUGGAUUUUUGUGUCUCAAAAGACAACAUUGUAUAUUUCACGGCACAAGUCUAUCAUCUUUUUCUUCUGUUUUGUUUUUUCGUGUACAGUAAACGAUAUAUUUAUAAUUUUAAUUUAUUUAUUUAAGCUAACUGUAUUUAUGUAGAUUUUUAACCACCUUCAACAGUUUUUUUUUUUUUUUCUUUUGAAAAUUGAUGUUACAGUUGUUUUUAUAUUUCUUAUUGGACGUUAUUUAUUUAUGACAGAAAUUGUAAAAGCUCCUGGAGAUAUUAAGUAUUUUAAUGAAAAGACAUGAUGCAUAAAUAUCUCAUUUCUGGCUUUUAAUUUUGGCACUCAGCAGAUGAUCAAUAGCACUGUCAUUAAUAAAUUGAUCAACACACUGAUUAGACAUUAUCUUUUUUUUUUUUUUAGGGUAGUUUCACUGAGAACAGUAAUUUUUUAGAAACACCCUGCUCACACUCACAGACAUUCACACUUGAAAGUUGCCCAGUACAACCAGUCGAAUCUGAGCAGCUUCACCGGAACGGUUGGGGGUUAAAGUCCUCAGCGGUGGUUCUAAAUGAGGGACGGCUGCUCUUUCACUUUACCCACUCAAUAGUUAUCCUGCAGGUUCGGGGAUCUUUAGGCCACCGUUAUCUUAUGACAGCUCAAUGUUUGUCAUUACAAUACAGUGCACUGGUCUUCUUAUAUGACUGUGUCUUGAUAAUAGGCAACAAAACUGUGCACUUACAGCUUUUUAUGUGUCUGAAUGGCUAAGAAAUGUUUAAAAGGGAGUCAAAUAUGUAAUGUGGGGGCUUUGAGCCAGAGCACUGUAGCAAUAAUUUGGUAUAAAUAUGUUGUUUUGUCAUGUUGUCUUACCAUCAUUAAAAGAGAAACACCCACAGAUCAAUGUUAAGCUGUCUAGCUACAAAAAAAAAUGUGAAUUCAAGUGUUCCACCCUUUCAAAACCUUCCUGCAGUUCUGAAGUGAUUUAUAUUUAUGUGAUUUUUUUUUUUUCAGAACAAAAUAAAAAAAGAAAUUAUCAGAA